AAAACGCCCUCCAGUAAAUUGUCUAAUUAUUAUCACUAUUCUCGUUCUUAUCUCCAGUGAAUCUUGAAAUAAAAUGCCUGGUGGAUAUCCCUAACAUUGUCUCACAAAGGUAAAGUUGUGCGUGAUAUGAUGUGGACAUUAUUUCUUAUAUCGAUACCGGUUGGGUAGUAUACAUAUGCUAAUUUCCUGUGAUAUAUUUCAAAAAUGCAUGGAAAAAAAUACAGGCUCAUCGAGGCGUUUCGAAAGACCGAUUUAUUUCAUCAAGUGAAUUAAAACGUCGUCAACUGCACAAAGAGGAACCCUGGAUUUGUUGUUAUUGAAAGUCAACAGUGAAACGAAUUUUGACGAAUAGAUGUAGACUUUUCCGAAUGUUCAAACGAAAACUGACCAACAUCCUGAAGCGAACAGAAAGCAAUGGAGUGGACCUCUCGGACAUGCAGUGGAGUGUCCAGAAUUAUACACUGGGCGAUAUCGUAGAUAACUUUAAACUUCCUCUUGUUGUGCGUUGUAGCGACGCAACACCUACUGUUGAACAUGGUGAUCAGUUUCGGUUUGAUCUGGCAGAACCUUUAUUGCUCCAUUCUAGAAAGUGGACCCGGAAAAUUCGGGUGAGUUGUCUCCAGAGGGAAGCCUCGUCUGGGCAGAUCACGGAAAUACACCCACAGUAUGUCAUCCCCGAGGACUAUGAGGGCUGGUUUCAAGUAAUAAACAGUCCCUCUGAAAAGUCAACACCCGACACCACACUGGAAUCGGUAGUUGAAAGCGAAGCCAACCAGUUUCUCUCUGCCAGGAGCUUGAGCUGUUUGUCUUUGGUGGCAAUUGGUAAUGAAUCCCCAAGAAUAGUCAGACGACAUGUGAAGAGUGGAGAAAUUUUCACCGUCAGAGGAUUGUUCGAGGGGAAGCGCAAACAAAGUGCUCAAAUAAAGACCAAAUAUGAUGAAAUUCGAAAUGACGGGCGCACUCGGUCAUCUGACAAAAUUCUCAUCUGUGCAGACGAGAAAGACGAGAGCGUUUUAAUUGACGUUACGCAAGGGGGAUGCUUCUACAGGAUUUUCGAAAGCGAAGAGAAUGGCAGCGGAUUGUUGAAGACUGAAGAUCUAAUUGACAAGAAGGAUCAAUUCCCUCUAUUGAUCCGACAUACUUUCGGUGAAUUGCCAAUUAUAGCGUCCACGUAUUCCAGCGUCAUGAAAUGUGUCCGCGUCAUCGAAGAACAGUCCGUAUUGGCGGCGACGCUAAACUGCACUGCAACGCUCCUGGAACUUCAGUGCAAAAGUCCCAUUCGAUUUAAAAUUUGUUUGAAUGACGCAAUAUUGAAAAAUUCAGAAAAUUGUAUGGAAGCACUGCAUAUUUGCGAAAAUGAAGGUGACGACUUCUUGUCCGGUAUAAAAAUUGCCUUUACAAUCCAAAAACAGUACAGUGAGCUUUCAGAACAAGCGAGAGGCAAACCUAAACUGACACAUAAAAUCAGUAACUCCACAUCGGAGGAGCGCACAGCGACAUCUAACGAUUCAGAGGAUAUGGUUUCAAUGUACGAUUCGUUCAGUGACUAUGGUGAAGAAGAUGCUAAUUCUGAAUUUUCAUUCGCCUGGACGCCAGAGCCUCUGAUUAAAAAUCGGAAUAACGUGAAAGAAGACAAAAGUAAAGCGUCAAAAGACGAAAAGAAAUUAACGGCUCCAAAGUUUUUCAACAGCAGUCUUAAUAGUCCGAUGUCCUCAAAAGAGAGCAAACUCAACGCGUGGAAUGAACAGCCUGACGUAGUCUAACAGAACAUGUAUGAUGAGCGGGAUUUGUAUAGUGUAGAUGUAUAUUAUACAUCAUGUUAUGUACAUACUGUAUCAAUAUAUUUACAUUUCUAAUGUUUUUACCUUCGAUAUCAUCACAAAUCAAAAUGAUAGCCAUUCAUAACCAUGAAUGUGAACGAAUAUGCAUGUAUGAAUCUUGAUAAUAACACAGUACAACUACUACUAUUUACGGCUGGAAAUAUUCCAAUGGAAAUGAAAGUAAAGUGUAAAUAUAAAGAAGAUGUUUGUGAAACACUGAUCUUUUGACCUGGUGACCUUUGACCAACUUUUAGAAAGUUCGAUAACCCAUAUCUUUCAAAUUGUAAGAGGCACUGUUUUUAUACCAAGCAUGUGCAUUUUUUGUGAAAAGACCUUUCCAACGAUACCAGAUUUGUUGACCUUGACCAACAAUGUCUUGCAAUUCCAAUUUGUUGUAAUCGGGUCUUGCCACAAGGAAUACACAUACCAAAUAUGAAAGGUCUACCUCUUUGGUGUAAAAGAUAUGACCAUGCAAAGUAGUUUUUUUUUUUUAAAUUUCCAAAAACUAGGUCAAUGUCAACAAAUUUGGUAUCAUUGGAAAGGUCUUCUCACAAAAAAUGCACAUGCUAAAUAUAAAAGCAGUACCUCUAACCAUCUGAAAAUGUGGCUUAUAUUCAAAUUUUCUAAAAGUAGGUGAAGGUCACCAGGUCAAAUAUUUUGGUGUCAAUGGAAAGGCCUUGCCACAGGGAAUACACAUACCAAAUAUGAAAGCUUUACCUCUAAUGGUAUAAGAGAUAUAACCAAGGUUAAAAUGUUUGAAAAUACACCAGGGUAUGAACAGCAAUGCGUCACACCAGUAUACUUUUUAUGAAAUGCUAACGCGUACGCUUCAUGAAGUAUGAUAGCCUAAAGCAUCGCAAUUCAUACCUUGUGUAUUUUCAAAAAUGAAAUUUAUUUCUUAUAUGAAUAUCUUGAUGACAUGAAUUAUAUUUAUAAAUUAACCAACUGCUAUGCACUGUUUAUUUGUUAUAUAAUUAGUAAUCUAAUGAGAAACAGAAAAUCUACACAAAAAUGUUUAGCAUUAUAUUGAUGGAAAUUUUGCCAAACUAUGUAUAUGUCUUACUUUUCGUAGUAAACAAUUUCUGCAAGGAUUGUGAAUUUAUGCCCUAUUUCAAAUCAGUACAAAUGUUUGAAUGCAAACCUUUGGUCAUUUAUCGAUAAAGCACAUAGAGAACUGUU